GUGUAUCUGAGCUUAGUGUGGCAGUCUGGAAAUCUGGGCAUUGCUUAUUAUGAUGUAUCCAAUCAUCAAAUCUAUGUUAUGGCAGAUGUUCCAGAAAAUAGUGAAUUUUUACUUUUGAAGCAAAUCAUCAGAGAAGUUCAGCCAAAAGUGAUUGUGCUGAGUACUGUUCAUGACAGUGGCUUGCUAGCAUGUCUGAAGAAACAGAGUUCAAGUCCCAUGAAUGAGAGACCAAACCCUAGCAAACUGGAAUUCAUGCCAAAAUCAGACUUCA